GCAUCAGUCUUUUCCACUCGCCUCUCUUUCGCUCGGCUCCACUCCACUUCGCCCUCCCUUCGGGUCUUCCGCCGCAGCCGCCGUCGCCGAUCGCCGAUAUCUACCCAUGUCGGUUUGCUUCUCGCCUCCUUUACUCCCGGAAAUCCUGUUCCUCCGUCCGGAGGUAGCCAGCCGUCUCCCCCCUCUUCCUCCCGUCAGGUACCACCCGUUCCGGAAGCUCAGUUUCCGGUGCCCUAUCUUCCGAUUCGCGGCGCGGUCGGCUUCAGAAGAUAGAGUCGCCGUAGCCGACAUCCCCAGCGACCUGGAUCGGUACCUGGGAAACGGGAAUGGCCACGGAGGCGGGUUAGAGUACGCGGAGGUGGUUGACGGGAGACAGAAUUCCGGCGUAGAGGUAAUACUGAAUGGUAACGGCUCGAGCAAUGGGAGUUUGGUGAGUUACGGAACUGGGAACGGUGCAACCGAUGCAGAAGUGGAUGGGGGUUCUCAGGAAACGAAGAGGAAAAAGAGAGUUGAGGAGAUUGGAAAGGAGGAUGCGUGGUUCAAGAAGGGAGAGGAACAGCCACAGGUCUCUGUUUCUCCUGGGGGGCGCUGGAAUAGGUUUAAAACUUAUUCUACUAUACAACGAACUUUGGAGAUAUGGGGUUUUGUUUUUGCAUUUAUUUUCAAGUCUUGGCUCAACAACCAGAAGUUCUCUUAUCGAGGAGGAAUGACAGAGGGGAAAAAAGUUUUGAGGCGAAAAGCCCUUGCUAAGUGGCUAAAGGAGGGUAUUCUCAGAUUGGGUCCCACAUUCAUCAAAGUAGGGCAACAAUUUUCUACAAGGGUGGAUAUUCUUCCACAAGAAUAUGUUGAUCAACUAUCUGAACUUCAGGAUCAGGUCCCUCCAUUCCCUUCAGCAACUGCUAUCUCAAUUGUUGAAGAGGAACUUGGAGCUCCUUUGGAUGAUAUUUUUGACCAAUUUGAUUAUGAACCAAUAGCAGCUGCAAGUCUUGGUCAGGUGCAUCGUGCAAAAUUGAAGGGCCAAGAAGUUGUGAUUAAAGUACAAAGGCCAGGCCUCAAGGAUCUAUUUGAUAUUGAUCUAAAGAAUUUGAGGGUUAUUGCUGAAUAUCUUCAGAAGGUGGAUCCCAAAUCAGAUGGUGCCAAGAGAGACUGGGUUGCAAUCUAUGAUGAGUGUGCCAAUGUCCUUUACCAGGAAAUAGAUUACACUAAAGAAGCAGCAAAUGCUGAAAAAUUUUCUAAAAACUUCAAGGACAUGGAUUACGUGAAGGUGCCUAAUAUAUACUGGGAAUACACCACGCCGCAGGUACUCACAAUGGAAUAUGUUCCAGGAAUAAAGAUAAACCGGAUAAGGCAAUUAGAUCAGUUAGGUGUUGAUAGGAAAAGGUUGGGUCGCUUUGCUGUUGAGUCUUAUCUUGAACAGACAUUGUCCCAUGGGUUUUUUCAUGCCGACCCGCACCCUGGGAAUAUUGCGGUGGAUGAUGUGAAUGGUGGAAGGCUUAUAUUUUAUGACUUUGGUAUGAUGGGAAGCAUUAGCUCUAAUAUUAGGGAAGGGCUACUUGAAGUAUUCUAUGGUGUUUAUGAGAAAGAUCCAGACCGGGUGCUUCAAGCAAUGAUUCAAAUGGGAGUUCUUGUUCCCACUGGCGACAUGACAGCUGUCAGGCGAACAGCUCAGUUCUUUCUUAAUAGUUUUGAAGAGCGCCUUGUAGCCCAAAGGAAAGAGAGGGAAAUGGCCACUGCAGAACUUGGAUUCAAAAAACAAUUGUCUAAAGAAGAAAGAUUUGAAAAGAAGAAACAAAGGCUAGCAGCAAUAGGGGAGGAUCUUCUGGCCAUUGCUGCUGAUCAACCUUUCCGUUUUCCAGCAACUUUUACUUUUGUUGUUCGAGCAUUUUCAGUACUGGAUGGAAUAGGAAAAGGCCUUGACCCUAGAUUUGACAUUACUGAGAUUGCCAAGCCAUAUGCCUUAGAAUUGCUCAAGUUCCGAGAAGCUGGUGUUGAAGUAAUUGUUAAGGACAUCAGGAAAAGAUGGGACAGACAGUCAAGUGCAUUCUCCAACUUGUUCAGACAAGCUGAUCGAGUGGAAAAAUUGGCUCAAAUAAUUGAAAAAUUGGAACAAGGUGACCUCAAGCUUCGGGUGCGAACUUUGGAAUCUGAGAGAGCAUUUAAGAGAGUUGCUGCCGUACAGAAAACCAUUGGAAAUGCUAUUGCAGCGGGAAGUUUAGUAAACCUUGCGACAAUGUUGCAUUUCAAUUGCGUUCGGAUGCCUGCUACAGCAGCAUACAUUCUGUGUGCCUUCUUCGGAUUGCAAGUCCUUGUAGGCGUUCUCAAAAUAAAGAAACUGGACCAACAAGAGAGAUUGAUAACCGGCACAGCUUGACCUGAGUUUCUUCCUUGUAGGAAGUUGCUGUCACACUCUUAUCGAUUCUCUUUUCAAAUCUAAUUUCCUCAUCCAUUUUGUAUCAUAGAAACUGCAUCUUAGUAAACAAGCAAACUUGUAAAUGGUGCAUUAUAAUUGUAAAUAUAACAUUGUAGCUCUCAUUCUUAUAGAGUUGAAAGAUUUGCUCCA